AUGGCGCGCCAGUCAGGAUACGAUCGACACAUCACCAUAUUCUCGCCGGAGGGCCGGUUGCACCAAGUGGAGUAUGCGUUUCAGGCAGUCAAAAAGAAUCAGAACAUGACCUCGGUGGCGCUUCGAGGUGAUGAUAGUGUCGUAGCAGUGACGCAAAAGAAGGUGCCAGACAAGCUGAUGGACAAGGAAUUUGGGACGCACCUCUACAACAUUACACCAAACCUCGGCUGCCUGAUGACUGGAAUGAGUCCGGAUGCUCGAGCUUUAGUCUACAGGGCCCGUGAGAUUGCCUCGAAGUUCAAGGACAAGAACGGAUACGAGAUUCCAGCCCGACCCUGA